UCUGAGGAAUUUUUAGAGUUGAAACGUUAGUGACAGCGGGCGGUUUCCACGCGAGUAUCGAUCAAACUGUUACAGAUGGAUAGUUUGAUUCGCAACAAUCUCCGUAUUUGUAGCAAGUGAAGAUUCCCGAGUCAAGAAGAACGGAAGAAUGGAAAACGUGCGAAAGGAAUUAACGAGGAAAAUCGUUACCAUAUGUAAAGCGAACGAAACACCGAUAACCAAAGAUUCGGCCUCAUUUUUGCUUUCCCUCUACCAAUUGAAUCCAUCUUAUCGAAUUAAGGAGAAGGACGAGGAACACAACGCGAGAAUACUCGAGGCUAUAACGGAGAGGUUAUGCGACCAAAGCAAGCCCAGUCUGACAACUUUAAGAAAUCAAUUGUACUUCACCAAGCACUAUCACGAGAGGGAUGAGACCGUCAAAAGACAUCGACUACGACUGCAUCAGAAAACUGGGCCUUUGGUAGCCGAGAUCUGCGAAACUGGUAAACUGAGGGGUGCGAAGGACACGGAGAAAUUAUAUCAGAAAAUAUUAACGGUGAUAACGCUGCUGAGCGGCCUGGGAAGUCCUACUAUACCUUCUGUUUUGAGAGAGGUCUCGGUAGCGUUGCAGAGCGUCUUCCAGACUUCCGAGCUGACUCGCUACGUGACUUUACCGAAACGGGAGAAAGAAGAGCAACUGAUGGAGCUGAUGUGCAUAGUCGCGGGUAUCCGGUUGUUUAACAAGGACUGUCAACGCGGUGGCGAGGAAAUCGACGAUCUGCCAAGCAUCUUACAAGAGGCUCUAACGAAGACCCGCAAUUCCAUCCUCGAGCUGUUAGAACCGUUAAUGGGCAAGGUGUACAAGUUCACGGCUGCCGUGGAGAACGCUGUAGCGUGCGCGUCAUCGACCGUUGCCUCCUCGGAUGCUGCGUGUUACAGCUCGAGAGGAGCGGUCGCGACGUCCGUUGCGAGUGAAAACAUCGAAUGGGCCAUUGAGAUGCUGGCGGCUAGUCGCCAGCAAGAGAUCUACAUUAGAAAGCUGCUAAACGACGUGGAGAGCAGCGAGAACGCGGUGAGAAGUCUGAUGGAGCGUCUUCGAGGACGAUUCUUUAAGUUGCACGAUACCGUCAGAUAUAGAACGGCUAUUCCCACCGCUCAAGUCUACCCACAAUUUAUCGAUCUGGCGGAUAUAUGGAUGGGACUGCAAGACGAGGUGAUCACUUUGAGUAACGUCAAUAACUUCCUGUGGGAAUUACAGAGUUUGAGUAAUAAGACCGUGAAUGUUUACGACCAAACCAAGUUGGAUGACAUAGCGGAGGAUGCUGAUGUCCUGAGCGACGCCGAGAGAUUGGAACGUUCCAUGGGAAACUUAAUAACGGAGUGCGGCGAAUGCCAGAUAUAUUACCCGAACGUCACUAAAGACUUUGAGAAGAUCAAUUUAGAGUUUCUAGGAUUUUGUGCGUGGACGUUCAUCGUGGGUAAGGGAGCUUUAAUACCGGGUAAUCCGAACAAUGGUGUGGCGAAGUGGCGAGGAAAAUAUUACGCCUUCAAGUCGUCCGAGGCAGCCGUCAAGUUCGGCGAGAAUCCUGAUAGGUACGUUUACGAAGCGCUCGACUUUAUCCGCAAUCAUCCGGAAUACAUCCACCUGUUCAAGUUGCACGAAGAAAUCGAAGCCAUGCAGAGUCAAGAAGAGUUUACAAAGGAAGGCCUUCAUUUAAAGGUACGUCAUAAUCAGAAGGUUCAAACGGAUGUUCACACACUUCCUCCUUACGUCGACAAGGAUUACACGUCCAGCAUUUGGGAACUCAAGCGUAGAGCUUUACAUUUGGCAAACAUAAGUCGAUGCACGACGCGUAGCACGCAGACGUUCAACUCACACUUUCGAUACGCUGUUUACGCACAAGCGGCUCCGCCUCAGGAUAAGGAAGUUCAAACCAGAAGAGAUAAUUACACGAACACAAAGAGCCUCAAGACGUUCAUAUUUGGAUUGCGAGGCAGACGGGAUGACAAUCAGCAUGUUAUAUCGUUCUUGGAAGAUGAGCUUGAGCACUUGUAA